CUCCUCGGCGCCCCUGCCCUCCGCUCUCCGCCCUGCCCGCCCGCUCCCCCUGGCGGAGCCGGCGCGCCCCGGGGUGCCGCUCCCUGCCCUGCGCUCCGCGCCUGGAGAAAGGCAGGAUCCUGGUCCCUGCUACGUUCCUGGGGCCAUGGCAGGCCUGGGCCCCGGCGGAGGCGAUUCAGAGGGGGGACCCCGGCCCCUGUUUUGCAGAAAGGGGGCUCUGAGGCAGAAGGUGGUCCACGAAGUCAAGAGCCACAAGUUCACCGCCCGCUUCUUCAAGCAGCCAACCUUCUGCAGCCACUGCACCGACUUCAUCUGGGGGAUUGGAAAACAGGGCCUGCAAUGUCAAGUCUGCAGCUUUGUGGUUCAUCGACGAUGCCACGAAUUUGUGACCUUCGAGUGUCCAGGCGCUGGGAAGGGCCCCCAGACGGAUGACCCCCGAAACAAGCACAAGUUCCGUCUGCACAGCUACAGCAGCCCCACCUUCUGCGACCACUGCGGCUCCCUUCUCUACGGGCUGGUGCACCAGGGCAUGAAAUGCUCCUGCUGCGAGAUGAACGUGCACCGGCGCUGUGUGCGCAGCGUGCCCUCUCUGUGCGGGGUGGACCACACGGAGCGCCGUGGGCGGCUGCAGCUAGAGAUCCGAGCACCAACGGCAGAUGAGAUCCACGUCACAGUUGGCGAGGCCCGUAACCUCAUCCCAAUGGAUCCCAAUGGUCUGUCAGAUCCCUAUGUGAAGCUGAAGCUUAUCCCAGACCCUCGGAACUUGACAAAACAGAAGACCCGGACGGUGAAAGCCACACUAAACCCUGUGUGGAACGAGACCUUUGUGUUCAACCUGAAGCCAGGGGACGUGGAGCGCCGGCUCAGCGUGGAGGUGUGGGACUGGGACCGGACUUCCCGCAACGACUUCAUGGGUGCCAUGUCCUUCGGGGUCUCAGAGCUGCUCAAGGCCCCGGUGGACGGCUGGUACAAGUUACUGAACCAGGAGGAGGGCGAAUAUUACAAUGUGCCGGUGGCUGACGCUGACAACUGCAGCCUCCUCCAGAAGUUUGAGGCCUGUAACUACCCCCUGGAACUGUAUGAGCGCGUGCGGAUGGGUCCCUCUUCCUCUCCCAUCCCUUCCCCAUCCCCCAGUCCCACCGACUCCAAGCGCUGUUUCUUUGGAACAAGCCCCGGACGUCUCCACAUAUCCGACUUCAGCUUCCUCAUGGUUCUAGGAAAAGGCAGUUUUGGGAAGGUGAUGCUGGCUGAGCGUAGGGGCUCUGAUGAGCUCUAUGCCAUCAAGAUCCUGAAGAAAGACGUGAUUGUCCAGGACGACGAUGUGGACUGCACCCUUGUGGAGAAGCGAGUGCUGGCCCUGGGAGGCCGAGGCCCGGGGGGGCGGCCCCACUUUCUCACCCAGCUGCACUCCACCUUCCAGACCCCGGAUCGCCUGUAUUUCGUGAUGGAGUAUGUCACCGGGGGCGACUUGAUGUACCACAUUCAGCAGCUGGGCAAAUUUAAGGAGCCCCAUGCCGCGUUCUACGCAGCGGAAAUCGCCAUCGGCCUCUUCUUCCUUCACAAUCAGGGCAUCAUCUACCGGGACCUGAAACUAGACAACGUCAUGCUGGAUGCCGAAGGACACAUCAAAAUCACUGACUUUGGCAUGUGUAAGGAGAAUGUCUUCCCGGGGUCCACGACCCGCACCUUCUGCGGGACCCCAGACUACAUAGCCCCUGAGAUCAUUGCCUACCAGCCCUAUGGGAAGUCUGUGGAUUGGUGGUCCUUUGGGGUUCUGCUGUAUGAGAUGCUGGCAGGACAGCCCCCUUUUGAUGGGGAGGAUGAGGAAGAGCUGUUUCAGGCCAUCAUGGAACAAACUGUCACUUACCCCAAGUCACUUUCCCGAGAAGCCGUGGCGAUCUGCAAGGGGUUCCUAACUAAGCACCCAGCGAAACGCCUGGGCUCAGGGCCGGACGGGGAGCCCGCCAUCCGUGCCCAUGGUUUUUUCCGCUGGAUGGACUGGGAGCGCCUGGAACGGCUGGAGAUCGCUCCUCCCUUCAGACCCCGUCCGUGUGGACGCAGCGGCGAGAACUUCGACAAAUUCUUCACGCGGGCGGCACCCGCACUGACCCCGCCGGACCGCCUAGUUUUGGCCAGCAUCGACCAGGCCGACUUCCAAGGCUUCACCUACGUGAACCCGGAUUUUGUGCACCCCGACGCCCGCAGCCCCGUCAGCCCACCGCCUGUGCCAGUCAUGUAAUAUCUCCUGCUGCCACUAGGUGUCCCCACCGCUCCCUCCCCAGGCCGGCCUUAGCCCCCUGUUCACCCCCUUCCCACUCUAGAUCUGCUCCCCAGCAUUCUCGCCUCUGCCCUGCAGGGGCCAGGCGCCCCUCCCCAGCGCUCCUGUCAUUCUAACCUCCGUACAGCCUCUAGAGCCGCACCGCGGUCUAGAUUCUGCUGUGCUGAGCCCUGGAUUCUCCCGCACCUAAGUGUUCGGGAUUCUGCUCCACCAGGUUCCAGAAUGGCCACCACUCUCCCAGUUCCACGGGGUUCUAGACUCCAUUUCGGUAGAAUCUGUACCUCUCGUUUUUCUUUUUCUUUCCUCUUCUUCUCCUUCUUCCUUUCUUUUUCUUUCUUAUUUAUUUAUUUAUUUAUUUAUUUAUUUAUUUUCCUUUCUGGGAAAUAGUCUCAAGGGGUGGGCUGUUCCAGACUUGGAUUCCAGAAUAACUCCCCACCUCCAAACUCCCUCAGCUCAUUCUGGAGUAAGUGGGAGGCUGUGCCCCCAUAUUCCAGUACUCCUCUUCUACACUCUAGGGAUUCCUGGGAUGUGUUAAAGAUUCUUACCCCAGCUGUUCUCAAUCAGCUUUUGUUCUAGACGCCCCCAUCCUAAACCCAUCACUGCUCGCCUGCCAGGUGCAUGGCUCCAGUCCUGCUCGGAACCCCUCCUCCCUCCUGCUCUCCCUCCGCCCCACCCCGUGCCUGCCACUCUCUGGGACUCUCUCCUCCUCCCCGCGCCCACUCUUCUCUUUGGCUUUCCCACCCGGCCACAGCUGCCGGAGAAUAAAUUUGGGUUGCUGAUGCUGAA